AUCUGUUAUUGAUUACUGAAAAUGAAUGUUGAUGCUUACGUCUGGUUUAUUCUAGUGAACUAAGACAUAAACAUAAAAGUUUGUAUUUGAAAUACAAAUAUUUGUAAUGAAAAACAUUGAAAAUAUUUGUUGUCAAAACCAGAUUUCUCAUUUUAAUUCAGUUUAACUUGAACUAAGAUAACUAAAACAAACAAAAGUGAAUAAACACUCGUCAUUUAAAAAAAAAAAUUGAUUAAACAUUUAUUUUCUGUUCGGUUGACUUUUGUGAGGUCCGAUUUAAUUAUUUUGGAUUAUUAUUUUAUUGUAUUUUAGUUUUUAAUCUAAUAUAAACUUUAAACAGCUUUAUUAAAUAAUUUUUUAUGUUUAUUUAUAUAAUUAUUAUCCUGUUUGUUAAUUUAUUAUUUAUUUAUGCAUGCAUGUAUUUGAGCUGUUUCUGUUCAUGAAAAUAGCCGUGUCAUUAAAAUAUAAACAAACAAUAAUGCGCUGGCUGUUUAUUAAUAAAACCGGUCGGGAUCUGAUUGGCUGAGAGGCGUUUACAGUAGCCGAAGCUGUACACGUACACUGUAACACGUGACAGAGCGAAUGUGACUCUUGUCCUUUAACUCUUCUUCAUCAUCAUCAUCAUCGUCAGUGGUGUGAGGCGAUGAAGAACAGCGCCGCUCCGCGGUCACUGCAGGAACAGGAGCGCUGUGUGUCUGUCGCCGGUGUCUUUUGAUCUGAUCCAGAUGAUAUUCCCGCGCUACAGUGAAUCACAGAGCAUCAAAGGAGCCGAGCAUCAGCGCAGAUCCACGCGUCACUGUUACACGCCAUCGGUGAUUCAGAACCCGUGUUUCUGAAGGUGAUCGUGACCUUGAGUGACGACAGCGACACACACACACACACACACACACACACACACACACACACACACGCUUCUCUACAUCUCUGUCUUCUGAACAAUCAUCAUCAGUUCGUUAAACGGCGUUUGGCGGCGGGUCGAACCGGAUGAUUCCGAUGCUUCUGCUUGACCGGUGCGGAUCGUUUCUGAUGAUUCGGAUCGUUACUGAUUCCUUGUGAUGAUUCGGAUCGGCUCCGGUUCUUCUGUGUGAUCGGUUCUGCUGGCUCCGGUCGUGAUGCAUCUCGCGGAUUUCGUCGCCGGUUCUGUCGGAGGGGCUUUCGGAGUGGCCGUGGGGUAUCCUCUGGACACAGUGAAGGUAAACCAUCCUCCUCCUCCUCAUCUUCAUCAGCUGCAGGUACUGUAUCAGGUGUGUAACAGUGAUGGAUGCUGCAGGUGAGGAUGCAGACUCAGACACGUGACUCGGGGGUUUGGGAGUGUGUGAGAAGAACCUGCAGGACUGAAGGAUGGUUUCUACCGUGGGAUGUCCAUGCCGCUGAGCACGGUCUCCAUCAGCUCCUCGCUGGUGUUCGGCACCUACAGGAACGUCCUGCACCUGCUUCAGGAGCUGCGGCACAGAAGCACAGCCGAGGCGCACCGGAAAGCUGAUUUAUUUGUGUCAGGGUUUGCUGGAGGCGUCGCUCAGGUGCUGGUGAUGUCUCCCGCAGACAUCGUGAAAGUGCGUCUUCAGUGUCAGAGCGAGCUGCCGGGCUCCAGGCUCAGGUACCGCGGGCCGCUCCACUGUCUGCUGAGCAUCGCUCGGGACGAGGGUCUGCUGGGGCUCUACAAGGGCUCUGCUGCUUUAGCGCUGCGUGACGGACCCUCCUUCGCCACUUACUUCCUCACGUACAACAUGAUCUGUGAUGCCCUGCGCUCCACAGACAGCAGCCGGCCAGGCUGGACGGUGGUUCUUCUGGCCGGUGGUGUGUCGGGGAUGUGUGGCUGGGCCGUGGGGACACCGAUGGAUGUGAUCAAGGCCCGUCUGCAGGUGUCCGGCGUGAGCGGCCGCUUCUACAGAGGCUUCUUCCACUGUCUCUCACACAGCGUGAGGAGCGAAGGCAUCGCGGUUCUCUUCAGAGGUCUGACGGUCAACUGCAUCCGGGCCUUUCCGGUCAACAUGUCCGUCUUCGCCGUGUAUGAACUGGUUGUUCGUUUUCUGCGCUCGCCGUCAUAGAUCUUCUCUGCACAUGAGGACGCUUUGCUUCAGUGUUUGCUGGACGUUUGUGAGCGGAAGCGUUUCUGUGAUUUUAUUAGGAGCUGCAGAAGCUCAGAGUCAAUAUUUCUCCUCUCUAUUAAUAUAUAUCUGAGUGUGUUUCGAAGUGUCUACCUCCAGACGUCUGUGCAUCAUGAAUGUUUAAAUCAAUAGUUCAGCCGAAAAUGAACAUGUUUUGCUGAAUAUGUGCUCAUCCUAGAUGUAGAUGAGUGUGUUUGGAGAAAUGUAGCACUGCAUCAGUGACUCAUCAAUGGAUGCUCUGCAGUGAAUGGGUGCCGUCAGAAUGAGAGUCUGAUAAAAACAUCACAAUAAUCCACAGCACUCCAGAACAUCUGGACAAGACAAAAGAUGAAACAAUUACUUGUGGAUUAUUGUGAUGUCUUUAUCAGACUCUCAUUCUGACGGCACCCAUUCACUGCAGAGCAUCCGUUGAUGAGACACUGAUGCAGUGCUGCAUUUCUACAAACCUGCUGAAGACACAAACUCUUCCUGAUCUUGGAUGAACCGAGGGGAAGUAAGCAUUCAGCACAUUUUCUUUUUGGACUGAAUUAUAUCUUUAAGGACUUUAAUCAUGCUAGUAUGAUAUGAACAGGUUUAACCCUUCACUAACAGUCUCUGAUGACUUUUCUCUGUGUUUCAUCUCAGCUGGAGUGACUGAAGACUGUUUUAACACAUAUCAGGGAUUUACACAUGAACAUGUUCUGUGUCUGAUGUGUGUCUUGUUUUACAGACGGACUGUGAAUCUGUGUUUAUUCAUGUGAAUGUUCACUGAAUCAUUGGUACUGUAAUGAUGACAUUAAACGUGUCACGUCCAACA